AAUGGAAAAUUGUGGUACUCACGUGAGACGGAGAUUGCGUCGCGACGACUCGUGGUAUCAUUCGGGGACAGUGAUAUUUUGGUCAUCUGUCAUAAGAUAGUGAAAAAUUUCUUACGAGAGCAAAAAGAAGACAAAACCCUGUGCUUCAUAUCUCGCUAAUUGGUUCAAUUGAUUCGCAACUCAAGUUGUGAUCAAUUCAGUGAACAAGUGGCUAUUGUCAGAACGACAAGAUGAAUAAUUUGGGAAUAUCAACGGAUCCUGCACUUCUUGGUGUGGAGUUGCCAUCGUCCUUGAUGACUUCUCCAUCUGUAUCGACCUUCAUGCCUGAGGAAGAUGCAUCCAUUUGCCCUCUCUUGCCAACUACUCCGAGUCCCCCGCCAAUGGACUUCAUCCAUCCACUGACACCCAGCACAGGAAUUGAGGAGGAAAACACCGGGGAACUUCGAGGUGAUGAUGCUCAGGCGGAAACUAGUUCCUCGGGAAGUAGCUCUGGAAUUGGCAUUCAAGUGACUGCCAAUGGACCAGGAUCACUCUUUAACAAGCAUGCAUAUCAACAUUUGGGAGGAAAGAAUGGAGACAUCGUACAAGAAAACGGUGUUAAUCAAACUGGAGUAUUUAGUAUCCCCAUAACCAAGGACACACCAUCCUUUGUUAAAUGGAAUUGGCCCUUGAUCCGCACCUGCACCUUAUUUCUAUUCAUGGCCAUGUUAAUAGCAAUGUGCGCCAUUGUUAUUUCCAUGAUCUUCAAUUUGCCCAAAACGUGCAAUCCUGAGACUCCCUGGUACAAGGGAAGUGUCUUCUACGAGAUCUUCCCUGCGAGUUUCCAAGAUUCCAACGGAGAUGGUUUGGGAGAUUUGAAGGGACUGGCCAGUCGAGUGGACUACAUUGAGAGUUUGGGCGUUGGAGCUGUUCGGCUUAAUUCAAUUUUCCCAGCAAAGCACUAUCCGGAUCAUUUUCAGAAUGUCACAACGCUCAUGGACAUCGAUGAGAUUUUAGGAAGCACCAGGGAUAUUUCCUACCUGACUAGAAUUUUCCACAGGCGAAAUAUUUCGUUAGUGCUGGAUCUGCCUAUAUAUCCUCUCAUUAAGCACCUGGCAGUGCUCAAGAAAAAUUCAUCUGAGGCUGUCAAUGCAACUGAUUUUGAAGUACAGGACGUCUUCCAGGAGGAUGAUUCCGAAGAUGAUCCUGUUCUUACUGCUAUGCGGUACUGGUUGUCCGUAGGCGUGGACGGAUUCUACGUAAAAGGUUUGGAGAACUAUGCUGAUGAUCCUUACCUCGUGGAUAAUAUACAAGAGUGGAAAUUUGCUCUUGGAUCUGACCGUAUUCUAAUGGUCAGCAAAGUCCUUUUCGACUCUGUGUCUGAUGACAUUGCGGCAAAGAUAAAGCACUGCGUUGACUUGGUGGAUGUUUUCGUCGAUGUUUCCAAUGGAACGAAGAUCAUUGCAGAACGUGUCCAAUCUUUACUGAAUUCCGUGCAUCUAGCACCUGGAUUCGGACCUUGGAUCCAUUGGAGCUUGGGCGGAGUGACUGAGAGAAGAUUGUCUCAGGGAAUGAGUACUAACACGUCUCUAGCUGCAACUCUUAUGCAACUGAUGCUCCCAGGAACUCCGAGCAUCUUCUACGGAGAUGAAGUUGCUCUUCAGGAAGUCUACGAUCCUCUAGGAGACCAUGAAGAUUCCAAGCACUUGCAUCAUCUAUCAACAAUGGUUUGGGACUCAGACAUUAAGUUUACGGUCAAAGAAUCCCUGCCUUGGCUCCCACCAGGAGCUUUCGUGGCUUUCCAUCAUUUUGAAAUUGUCUCAGGGAUGAUCAGGCUCCGAAAGACUGCACCGUCUAUCUAUCAGAAUGCUGUGAUUAAGGAGAGCCAAUCAGUACUGAAUACAGCAGUCAGAUACAGCAAGAAUGACAUUUUAAUCCUCGAAAGAUGGUAUCCCAGACGCAAUACCUUCACUUCAAUAUCGAAUUUCGGCACUAAAGCCCUUGUCCUGGAUCUUUCCGGAAUGUUCUACUCCGGAGAGAUUAUGCUGGGACCCUUGAGAGGAGAAAAGGUCUUCUUCAGCAGUAUACAAGUGAAACCAAUGGAGACGUUGAUUGUAAAGUUGGACAAGUAAAAAAUAGAACAUUUUGAUUUUUUUAAAAAAAAGUGUAUUAUCCUAAAAUCAGUAGUCAUUGUAAUCCUAUGUUUGAAAAAUACAGAAAUUAUCUUAUAAAUUGAAAAAAAAAAUAUUACUACAUUUUGCGAUAUUCUAUUAAUUAAUUACAGAACUUAAGGAAAUUUUAAUAAGAUAUUCUAGCAUCAGUUAAUAUUUUCUCUUUUUAAAAGUGAAACUUUUACAAUAAAUUACACCCUAGAGGUAUGUUUUACCUGAAUGUAUAUCAUUUCUUUUUAACAAUACAAUUAUUUACUGGA